ACUGAAUAUAUGAUAAGAGAUGGUGCUGCAAGUUAAAUACGAAGAAGAUUUAAGCUAUAAUUUUUUUAGAAAUAUAAAAAUAUAUAAAAAUUAGAGAUUGAUAUUUCUGAACAUGAAAUAUAAAAUUCUAUAAAAUCAUUAUAUUAAUAUUUAAAAUUUAAAUUAUAGAAAAUGUAAGAAAACUGCGAAUACGUAAUUUUACUACAAUAUUCUGUGUACUUAUAUGAUGUCUUGGUAUCUUGUUUAAUCAAUAUAAAAUAUAUAAAAAGCUUAUAUCAUGCUAUUAACCAGAGGUACAAUAAAACAUAGUGUUUUUAAAAUUUUAUCGUAUGAUUUAGUAAAAAGUAUUAUAAAUAAAUGUUUAAUACAAGAAAUCAAUGUAAAAUGCCAAACAAAUAUAGGUUAUCAUAUCCUACAUUUUAAAAAGAAUUUAAAUAUAAAUAAAGAUUUAAAAAUAUUAAGUUAUGAAUCAAUUGCUCAUAAUCAUUGUAAUAAAAACUUAUUCAUAAUCUCAAGUAAUAAUUUAUCUACACAAGAAUUAACAUCUGUACAAUUUGAAAAAGUUUCUGAUGAGACACUUACUUCUUUAACUGAAUAUUUUGAUGAAUUAGUAGAGCAAGCAAUACAUUUAUCAGAUGCAGAUGUAUCAUAUGGAGAUGGUGUUUUAACUAUUAAAUUUGGUGAUACUCAUGGCACAUAUGUUAUAAAUCGUCAAAGUCCAAAUAGACAAAUUUGGUUAUCAUCUCCAAAAUCUGGUCCAAAACGAUAUGAUUUUAUAGAUGGAAAAUGGAUUUAUAAGUACGAUAGAAAAACAUUACAUGAACUACUCGAUGAUGAAAUACCAGCAAUUAUAGGAAAUCAAACAAAUUUUAAUAAAUGUUCCUUUAGUGGGAAAUAAAAAAAAUUA